AUGGGGAGAAUCCUCGCCGUGGCCGCUGCCGGCACAGUGGCCAUACUGCUGUGCUGCUCGUGUGGGGUUCGAGGUAAGGAGGAUGAGGACGUGCUGGACUCCCUCGUCGAGUUCCUUGCCACGCUCGCCGGUGGCAGCGGCCAGGCGAAAGCGCGGGAGCUCGGCUGGGACGCGUCGACCGACCCGUGCGACGGCAGCGCCUCGAAGUGGGGAGAGACCGUCAGUUGCUUCGAAAACGGCACGAGUGACGCCGGCCGGAUCAAGGUUAUCGAUCUCCAGUCCCUCGGCCUCAACGGCACCAUCGACGUGGAGCUGCGUCUCGGCCUGCUCGAUAUUGAAUUUAUGCACUAG